GGAAGUGGUCCUUGAGAGGGAAGGAACAACACACGUGUAUUCCUCAAUCUGAAGGUUAAAUAAGCCGGUGGUCGGGUGUGUUUGUUGGCCGCUGAGAGUGGUCGUUUGGACGGUUCUAUUUUGGAGAGAGUACGGUCUGGAGCGGACACAACGCAGACAUGGACCCAGAGAAAGCACAGCAACUGGCGGCGGAACUAGAAGUGGAAAUGAUGGCUGAUAUGUACAAUCGGAUGACCAACGCGUGCCACAGGAAGUGCGUGCCCCCCCACUACAAGGAGGCAGAGCUGUCUAAAGGGGAGGCGGUCUGUCUGGACCGCUGUGUGGCCAAGUACCUGGAUCUACACGAGAGGCUGGGCCGCAAGCUCACCGAGCUCUCAGUUCAGGACGAGGAGAUGAUGAGGAAGAACGCUAUUGGACAAUAAUAUAUAUAUAUAUAUUUUUAGGGAGGGAUGGGGUGGGUUAGUGCUAGGGUUACCAUGCUUUCUGUGCGGGGGGAUAGAGAGAGGGAGCGAUAGGGUUUAAUAAACGUAUGGCUCUUAUGGAGGGGAUGGAGUUGCCGUCCAGAGUGGGUUGGGUGUGUUUAAAGAGCAAGAUGCUUGGGAAGGAAGGUUUGUGAUUACGGUGUGGAUUGGAAAUUGGGAUGGAUGAAGCCUGUUUUGUGUGAACAGAGGUUGUACUUGUGGUUUGAGCCAAGAUCUUUUUUUUUUUUU